CUUCUGGCGACGAAUAAUUUGUCGUUCAUUGUUUUCCAGAAACUAAGAUGUAUUUUACAUUUAUUAUAAUCGCACUCUUUGGGUUAGCGUCGAAUUUAACUCCAGCCGGUGCGACAAAUGCUGAUCUACAGCUAGAAUAUCCGGGCCUACAAUGCAUCUACAACGACUACUUGUACACAGAUGGGCAGACGAUCGAGGUCUUCAGAGGCGCUUGCUCGAAAUUAGUAUGUCGAGUCGUCCCGAGCUCAUUUGGCAUUGGAUUCACUAGCCGCAUCUUCCUGGAGAAUCUCGACAGAUGUCAAUGCUCGAUCAUCACUCCUCGGAUUCCCUUCCCCUUGGUUACUUUGAAUAAAGUCAUAGGUGCAGCUGAAAAUCUAGUCGACAAGACAGUCUCAAACAUCGUAAGUAAUUUUUACAUUGGUCGUGACCAGGGAUGCUACUUCAACAACACGUUCGUUAAAAUGAACGAAUUCGUGGAGCAUUUACCUUCUAAGUGCGCGCUGCUGCAAUGCAACAUUCAUGACGGCCGUCCUGUGAUUGAGCUUUUCGUCAAAUCGAUUUGUUUCUGUCGAGCUACCCCGGACCCCACCACCACUGUCACAGUCACGGCCUCUCCCACGGUCACGGCCACGGCUUCGCCUUCGCCAACUUCCACCACGUCCUCUCCUGGGACUACGGCCACAACCUCGACCUCGACUUUGCCCACAGUUACAGUCACGGCCACGGCCUCGCCAGUGCCCACUUCCACAGUUACCAUUACGGCAUCUCCUUCAUCUACGACUUCGAGCUUUCCUUCCUCCACGAUCACUGUUACAGUGACUGCCACUCCCACGUCCAUAAUUACGGUUACGGUUACCCCCACUGCCACGACUGCUUCUUCUACUUCUACCACUGCCACGACUGCUUCUUCUACUUCUACCACUGCCACGACCGCUACUUCUACUUCUACCACUGCUCCAACCUCUACUUCUACUUCUACCACUGCCACGACCGCUACUUCUACUACUAAUGCCUCUGCCACGACCUCUUCCAUCUCGGGCUUUUCGAGGCGCGCGGGCCUCGUGGCGGUGGAGGAAGAUGGCGGAGGUUGCGACGCUUACUCCAGCGUCAGCACCCGCCAUUCCAUGUGCCUGCCGCCCAACCAGCGCUGCUCUGUACUGGCGUCAGGAGUUCCUGCCGCGGCCAAGAAGGCAAUCGUCGCCGCGCACAACUCCUACAGAGUGAAGGUUGCGAGAGGGUGGGAGUCGAGAGGAUUGAACGGACCUCAGCCCGAGGCAGCAAACCUCUACCAGUUGUCCUGGAAUGAGGAGUUGGCCAGGAUAGCUCAGGCGUGGGCAUUCCAGUGUCAGCUGUUGAGCGACUGUUAUGAAUGUCGUGCACCCAUCACGAGGCCUUACACCUUCACGGGUCAGAACGUGCAUCAACUCCUUGCUGUGUCAUCGCGUCAUUCCCACUCCAACAGAAUGAACGCGGCGAGAGAAUGGGGCAUCGUUAUUGACAGUUGGUACAGCGAAGUUGCGCACGUCGACGAAAAUAUCGUCCGCUCUUUCACUCCCGUCUCGCAGAACCAGACUAUUGGACACUACACCCAGAUGCUGUGGGCCUCAACGUACGAAAUCGGUUGCGGACAAGUUACUUUCGGCCCGUGCGUGGAGUUCGUAAAUAACGCUCCAGCCUUUAGAGAAAAAUGUCAAAUUUUCGUAUGCAACUAUGGUCCUGCUGGCAACCUGAUAACGCAGCCAAUAUACAGCAUUGGGCCAGCGGCCUCGCAGUGUCUGCACGGACCUUCUCAGCAGUUCAGCGAACUUUGUAGUCCAAAACCUUCAUGGAAUUGAUGACGCAUAGAAUUGUUGGAGCCGAUACAAAAUUGAAAAAAUGCCUUGAUACAUGAAGCUUCUCACGCAACGUUAGUUGGAUAUUUUC